AUGAGCAGCGACGAAGUAGUUGAUCCCUUGCCCAAUAUUUUAAUAACUGAACUUCCAGGCACUCCCGGUGUUGGUAAAUCCUACCUCUGUCAAAAACUCCAGGAACAACUGAAGUUCAAAUGGUUGGAUUGUUCCAAAAUCGCCAAAGAGAACGACUUCAUUGAAGAAUACGAUGAGGAAUAUGAAUGCCCCAUUUUGGAUGAGGACAAACUUAUGGACUAUAUGGAACCCUUAAUGCAAAAGGGUGGAAAUAUUGUUGAAUAUCAUGGUUGUGAUUUCUUUCCCGAACGUUGGUUUAGUGCAGUCUUUGUAGUAACAUGUCCAAAUAAUACCGUUCUGUAUGAUCGCCUUAAGGACAGGAAUUACAAUGACAAAAAACUGAAGUCGAAUAUUGAAUGUGAAAUAUUCGGUACAAUAUUGGAAGAAGCGAAAGAUUCAUAUAAAUCCGAUAUUGUAUUCGAGUUGAAGGGUGAAACGAAGCAGGAUGCUGAACAAAGUUUAAAAACUAUUAAAAAUUGGUAUAAAGCAUGGAAAAGGAAAUAAA